AAAUCGCGUGCAAGUUAACGCGUGUUUUUUAUAAGUUUCUCCGUUUAAAUUGUAGAAAAAGUGUUAAAAAUAUAGACAAUUUUAAGAAAAUAUUAAUAUUUUAUAGAAAACCCCGCUCAAAUAUAUAAAAAAAACAUGUCGAAAAGGCGCAUUGAAGUUGGGGAGACCUACACAAACAAAAUGAAAAAAGAUGAAACAGCUACAACAUCGUCCGGGGCAGCAGCGGCAAUGGCCGCCUGUGGCCAGCCAGGCAGUUUGGUAGGUUCUUUGUCAAAGCCACCGGGCGCCAUGAAUCCCUUUAAUAUGAAGCCCUAUACGGCACGUUUUCAACAGUUGUAUAAGAAACGUAUAACUUUGCCGGUAUUCGAGUAUCAAACCGAUUUUAUGCGCUUGUUAAAUAACCAUCAGUGUAUUGUGUUGGUGGGUGAAACAGGUUCUGGCAAGACCACACAAAUACCCCAAUGGUGUGUAGAGUAUGCAGUGUCCAAGGGUAAGAAGGGGGUAUCCUGUACCCAACCACGUCGAGUGGCUGCCAUGUCAGUGGCCCAACGUGUCUCCGAGGAAAUGGAUGUUACUUUGGGCGAAGAGGUGGGCUACUCUAUACGUUUCGAAGACUGUUCGUCGGCCAAAACUUUGCUGAAAUACAUGACAGACGGUAUGUUGUUGCGUGAGGCCAUGUCCGAUCCCAUGUUGGAACAAUAUCAAGUGAUUUUAUUGGAUGAGGCUCACGAAAGGACUUUGGCUACUGAUAUUUUAAUGGGUGUCUUAAAAGAGGUUAUAAGACAAAGAAACGACUUGAAGUUGGUGGUGAUGUCUGCCACUUUGGAUGCUGGCAAAUUCCAGCAGUACUUUGAUAAUGCUCCCCUUAUGAAUGUACCCGGCCGAACACAUCCCGUAGAGAUUUUCUAUACACCGGAGCCGGAACGUGAUUACCUAGAGGCUGCCAUUCGCACUGUCAUACAGAUACACAUGUGCGAAGAUAUCGAGGGUGAUGUAUUGAUGUUCCUGACGGGUCAGGAGGAAAUCGAAGAGGCUUGUAAACGUAUUAAACGUGAAAUAGAUAAUUUGGGUUCAGAGAUAGGCGAACUCAAGUGUAUACCAUUGUACUCCACCUUGCCGCCUGCUUUGCAGCAGCGUAUUUUCGAACCAGCACCACCUCGCAGUGCCACAGGCGCCAUUGGCCGCAAAGUUGUUGUGUCCACAAAUAUUGCGGAAACUUCGUUGACCAUUGAUGGUGUAGUUUUCGUGAUUGAUCCCGGUUUUGCCAAACAAAAAGUGUAUAAUCCUCGUAUUCGUGUGGAAAGUUUAUUGGUCUCACCGAUUUCAAAGGCUUCGGCUCAGCAGAGAGCUGGUCGUGCCGGUCGUACUCGGCCCGGAAAGUGUUUCCGUUUGUAUACCGAAAAGGCCUAUAAGAAUGAGAUGCAGGAUAAUACAUAUCCGGAAAUUUUAAGAUCUAAUUUGGGCACUGUUGUUUUGCAACUGAAAAAACUGGGCAUAGAUGAUUUGGUACAUUUUGAUUUCAUGGAUCCCCCAGCACCCGAAACCCUUAUGCGUGCUUUGGAACUUUUAAAUUAUUUGGCUGCCCUAGACGAUGAUGGUAAUUUAACAGAUUUGGGUGCUGUGAUGUCAGAAUUUCCUUUGGAUCCACAAUUGGCCAAAAUGUUAAUAGCCAGUUGUCAGCAUAAUUGUUCCAAUGAAAUCUUAUCAAUUACUGCUAUGCUGUCGGUACCACAAUGUUUUGUUAGACCCAACGAGGCCAAAAAAGCAGCAGAUGAGGCCAAAAUGAGAUUUGCCCACAUUGAUGGUGAUCAUUUAACUUUACUUAAUGUCUAUCAUGCCUUUAAACAGAGCAGUGAGGAUCCCAACUGGUGUUAUGAGAAUUUCAUAAAUUUCCGCUCUUUAAAAUCGGCCGAUAAUGUGCGUCAACAAUUGGCCCGCAUUAUGGAUCGUUUCAAUUUGAAACGCAGCAGCACAGAAUUCACUUCCAAGGAUUAUUAUGUCAAUAUACGCAAAGCCUUAGUACAAGGCUUCUUUAUGCAAGUGGCGCAUUUAGAACGCACUGGCCAUUAUCUUACCAUCAAGGAUAAUCAAAUUGUUCAAUUGCAUCCCUCAACAUGUUUAGAUCACAAACCCGACUGGGUUAUCUACAAUGAAUUUGUGCUCACCACUAAAAAUUAUAUACGUACUGUGACAGAUGUUAAACCUGAAUGGCUUUUAACCCUGUCUCCCCAAUACUAUGAUAUGAACAACUUCCCUCAGUGUGAGGCCAAGCGUCAAUUGGAAAUGUUACAGCAGCGCCUGGAAUCUAAACAAUAUCAAACAGGCUUUUAAACGCACUUUUACUUUUAAAUAAUAAUAUUUUUUUUUAUAAAAUAUUAUUUUUUUUAUACGUUUUACGUAAUUAUACUUAUAGUAUAGUUUUAUUAUUACAUACGUUUUUGAUGGACUCAUUAUUAUAAAACCCAACUAAUUGAAAAAAAACAAAACGCUAAAUUCCUUUAGAGAUUUUUAAAUAGCCAUUAAAAAAAUGUUCCAUUACAGUGAAAAGAAAUUACAAUACAAAAACCCGACCGAUGUAAGAAAUUUAAUCAAUAUGUUAUUUAAAUUAAUUAAAAAACAAACUCUUAAGAAUUUUAAGCAAA